AAGAAAAUGGCUAACUUCGUGAUGCUCUUAACUUUUCUUCUUCCUCUAGCUCUCUUUCACAAUUCUCACUUAGUUCGGUCUCGUUCUCCUCAUCAUUAUAAAAAUAUUAAUAAUUUCAAUGUUUUUGAUUAUGGAGCAAUCGGAGAUGGAUUUUCCGACGAUACUGAGGCAUUCAAGGACGCAUGGCAAGACAUAUGCAACUAUGGUGGAUCCAAAUCAACCAUGCAAAUUCCUCAAGGAAGUACAUUUCUUCUGCAGCCAAUUGAAUUUCGUGGGCCUUGUCAAUCCAAGAAAAUCGCUUUUUCGAUCAAUGGAAACUUAACUGCUCCUGAAGAUCCACAUCAAUGGAAAUGCAAUGAAGGUCAGUGUCGUAAGUGGAUCCAAUUUUCACAUAUAGAUAGGCUUUAUAUCGAUGGCCAAGGCACUCUUGAUGGUCAAGGACCAAAAUGGUGGUCGAUAGAUUGCGAAAAACAUAAACAAGCAUGCAUCGGAAGACCAAGGGGUGUGGUUAUAUCACAUUCGAGUAAUGUGCAUAUAAGCAACAUUGUGGUUAAGGACAGUCCAAAUUUUCAAAUGUCGUUGGAAGAUUCAAAACGGGUUUUCGUUAAACAACUGACCAUACUCGCCGAUGGUGAAAGCCCUAACACUGAUGGUAUUCACAUUCAACGUUCUGAGAAUGUUUUCGUACACAAUAGUAAUAUCCGUACAGGUGAUGAUUGUAUAUCUAUUGGUGACGGUUCAAGGUACAUUAAUAUAUCACGAAUCUCAUGUGGUCCGGGUCAUGGAAUAAGUAUCGGAAGCUUAGGUCGAAAUGGGACCAAAGGUACGGUGGAAGAUAUAGUUGUCCAAGAUUGUACUUUAAGAAAAACACAGAACGGGGUUAGAAUCAAGACAUGGCAGGGAGGAAAAGGGCAUAUUCGAAAUGUUUUAUUUGAACGUAUAACGCUACAUGGAACAGCCCGACCUAUCAUCAUCGACCAAUUUUAUUGUCCUCAUGCACAAUGCAAAAACCGAACAGAAGCUGUGGAGAUUAAGAAUAUAAUGUACAAUCAUAUACAUGGAACAGCAAUCAAGAGACCCUAUGUGGAACUCCAAUGCAGCAAAUCAGUUCCAUGUAGAAAUAUUAUCAUGAACGAUAUAUACAUUGACGACUUCGUCGAAGAAGGAGAAGAAGAUGAGAAAUAUCACAAACGAUCGUCUCAUCCUUCUGCUGAAUGCAUCAAUGUUAGAGGAGAAUCCAGUGGUUUGAUGAAGCCUAAAAUACCUUGUUUGAACUUAGGAGAAUUAUUCACCGCAAAUAGCUUAUCAUCUCGAAAAACAACCGGUUCGGUUAAACCAAUCAACAUUAACAUUGGCUCCAAAAUCUCUCUCUGCUUGCGCAAAAACCCCCAGAUGGGUUCUAUGUCCAGAGCCUCUAAAACCCUAAAAUCGUCGAGACAAGCAUUCUCAUUCUUGUUCAGUUCACUCAAACCCAAUCGAAGAGAUCCGUUAUUUAUCGGAUUGCAACAAGCUUAUGGUUUCAGCUCUGAUUCUAGGCAAAAUUCCAGAGAAACCCCCAUUGAUUUGACCCAGUUUCCUCCCGAAAAGAUCCGAAAUUUCUCCAUCAUUGCUCAUAUUGAUCAUGGGAAAUCUACUUUGGCCGAUCGUCUCAUGGAACUUACUGGCACCAUCAAGAAAGGCCAUGGACAGCCUCAGUAUCUCGACAAAUUGCAGGUAGAGAGGGAGAGAGGAAUAACUGUAAAAGCUCAGACGGCGACAAUGUUCUAUCAAAACAAAGUGAAAGAUCAAGAAGCGAGCGGUUAUCUUCUGAACCUAAUCGAUACGCCAGGUCAUGUUGACUUUAGCUAUGAGGUCUCUAGAUCAUUAUCUGCUUGUCAAGGAGCUCUCUUGGUCGUUGAUGCGGCUCAAGGUGUCCAAGCACAAACCGUGGCUAACUUUUACUUAGCAUUCGAGUCUAACCUCACCAUCGUACCUGUAAUCAACAAGAUUGAUCAACCAACAGCUGAUCCUGAACGUGUCAAAGCUCAGUUAAAAUCGAUGUUUGAUCUCGACACAGAGGAUGUCCUUCUAGUAUCUGCGAAAACCGGUUUAGGGCUCGAGCAUGUUCUUCCUGCGGUCAUAGAACGGAUACCUCCACCUCCCGGGAUCAGUGGCUCGCCUCUACGGAUGCUUUUGUUUGAUUCCUUUUUCAAUGAGUACAAAGGUGUCGUUUGCUAUGUUUCUGUUGUUGAUGGAAUGCUGAGUAAAGGAGAUAAGGUCUCUUUCGCUGCGUCGGGUCAGUCUUAUGAAGUGUUAGACGUUGGGAUUAUGCAUCCUGAGCUUACUUCCACAGAGGUGCUUCUUACAGGACAAGUUGGUUAUAUAGUAACCGGUAUGCGAACCACGAAAGAGGCUCGUAUUGGUGACACAAUCUAUAGAACAAAAACCACUGUAGAGCCUCUUCCAGGUUUCAAGCCGGUGAGACAUAUGGUGUUCUCAGGCGUUUAUCCAGCUGAUGGAUCUGAUUUUGAAGCACUUAGUCAUGCCAUAGAGAAACUGACAUGUAACGAUGCAAGUGUCUCCGUGGCUAAAGAAACAAGCAUGGCUCUUGGAAUGGGAUUCAGAUGCGGCUUCCUCGGUUUGCUUCACAUGGAUGUGUUUCAUCAGAGGCUUGAACAAGAAUACGGUACACAAGUAAUCUCCACGAUCCCUACAGUUCCUUACACAUUCGAAUACUCAGAUGGAAGCAAGUUACAAGUUCAGAAUCCAGCUCAGUUGCCUUCAAGCCCCAAGUACCGAGUCACGGCUUCUUGGGAGCCAACGGUGAUCGCCACAAUCAUCCUUCCGAGUGAGUAUGUAGGAGCUGUUAUCAACCUCUGCUCUGAUAGAAGAGGACAGCAACUAGAAUACACUUUCAUAGAUGCGCAACGAGUUUUCUUGAAGUAUCAGUUACCGUUGAGAGAGAUCGUUGUUGAUUUCUACGAUGAAUUGAAAAGUGUAACGUCUGGUUACGCUUCUUUCGACUAUGAGGAUGCAGAGUAUCAGAAAUCUGAUCUUGUGAAGCUUGACAUUCUCUUGAAUGGUCAAGCGGUUGAUGCGUUAGCGACGAUUGUUCACAGCCAGAAAGCGUACCGUGUGGGUAAAGAGCUUGUGGAGAAGCUUAAGACCUUUAUAGAGAGGCAAAUGUUUGAAGUGAUGAUACAAGCUGCUAUUGGUUCGAAGAUUAUCGCGAGAGACACGAUCUCGGCGAUGAGAAAGAAUGUUCUUGCGAAAUGUUAUGGAGGAGAUAUAACGAGGAAGAAGAAGCUUCUUGAGAAACAGAAAGAAGGGAAGAAACGAAUGAAGCGAGUUGGUUCUGUUGAUAUUCCACAUGAGGCUUUUCAACAAAUACUCAAAGUCUCUUAGAAGAUGAAGACUUGAAGAAGAAGAAGAUGGUAGUAGUUUUAUGCAAUUGAAAGAUUAUUUUUUUGUCUUUUGCUGGAAAUUUACUGUUUGUAAAAUGUGAAGCCGCUGAAUUUUGAGGUUCUCACAAUUGAAAACAUUGAGAAUAUUUUUUUCAGUUUCUCAUAAAAAAAAUAAACCAAGAAUUUGCUGAUAAAGACAA